AUGGCUUCCCAGAGCUAUACCCCCGUACCUGGGGCCACGGUGCACCAGCUUCUCAUCAAGCCCAUAUUCGAUGCUCUCGAGCCACGCGAGAAGCUCUAUGCCCAUCACAUGGCGCAGGCCGCCUGGCGGGCAAGCCGAAUCGUCAUGCGGCAGAUCUCUUCCGAAAGCAUCGACAUCUUUGACUUCAUUAUGGACCUCUACCAUGCUUGCGACGGCAAGUGGAACACUUUGGUCGCCAAGGCCGGCGUCACUACCCCAGAGAUCGAGUGCUUCCUCGAAUACGCUGCCAUGUUUCUUUGCAAUCUAGGGAACUACUAUGGCGAGGGCGACAGAAAGUUUGUUCCAGACCUGACUGCAGACGCUCUUCGAAAACUUGCAUCCGUCUCUUCAAAGACAACAGAAGACCUGAACAAGAUUAUCGGGCCGCUGCUUUCUGUGCCGCCAUAUGGUCUUGGCUACCCCAGCGAUAAGUCAGCGUCCGCUUAUUAUCCUGGCACAGAAACUAUCACGCAGGCCGAGAUUGCCAUGGUAUCCGAAAUCAUGGCAAUCAACGCCAUCGGGCCGGAAAAUACUCGUCUUCAAAGAGUUAUUGUAGAUGGGGCUUCCAAAUACGAAAUUCUACAAGCUUCAGUUGAAACGGACAAAGCGCCACGUCUACUGACAGAUGCCAUCUCUCUGGUCCGAGGCGACCAUUCAAAGGAAUUGGAACAAGUUAUCUUAUCAUUGGAAGAAGCAAGUAAACACGCCGCCAAUGAUAAGCAAUUACUUUGCCUGAAGCAUUACAUCGACACAUUUCGCACGGGCAGUCUCGACGCUUUCCACGAGUCACAGAAAGCUUGGGUCCUGGAUGGGUCUGCGACAAUCGAGCACAUCAUCGGCUUUAUCGAGCCAUAUCGCGACCCGGCUGGAAUCAGAGCCGAAUGGGAAGCCGUAGUUGGCAUCGCGGAUAAAGAUGAGGUAGCGAGACUAAGGCAGUUGGUCAACAGCUCUGCCGACUUUCUUCGACAGCUCCCGUGGGCAGUCGACGGUGUCAACGAUGGCAAAGGGCCAUACGAGAAGAGCCUGUUCGAAGCGCCCGACUUCACUAGCAUCCACGCUCUUGCCGUGGCCGGCAGCGUCGUAUUUGAAGCCGCCAAUCUUCCUAAUGAUGAAACCAUUCGUGAGAACGUGGGCUUCAAAAACAUUGUUCUGGCCAACCGUCUGAGCGUCAACAACAAUCCCAAUCUGCCGUGCCACUGGGUCGACCCGUCUGAGCAUUCGAGCUUCAAGGCGAUGACGCAUAUCGUCCGAUUCCUGACAACAGCCAUUCACGAGCUGCUCGGACACGGCAGUGGUAAGCUGCUCGCCGAGACUGAGCCCGGGGUCUACAACUUUGACAGGGAAAAUCCACCACUGAAUCCUCUUACCAAGAAACCUAUAGCAUCACACUACUUGCCUUUGCAGAACUGGGGAAGUGUGUUUGGCAAGUUGGCUAGCACCGUGGAAGAGUGCCGCGCGAUUCUCAUGUCGGAGUACUUCAUGGACAACAAGCAGCUGCUGGGGAUUUUUGGCUACACCGACACUAGCGAAAUCACGGCUGAUGAGCUUCUCUACGCGACGUACAUGAAUAUUGGCGUAGACGGACUGCAAGCUCUACAGCAUUACAGCGCCGAAAACCAGGCCUGGGGCCAGGUCCACCAUCAGGCACACUUUUCCAUUCUCAAGCAUGUGCUCCGUGAUGGCGGCGGCGUCGUCCGCAUCGACCAUGAUCCCACCACUUCCGCUCUCACUGUGCGGGUAGACCGUUCCAAGAUGUCCUCCCACGGCAAGCCAGCCUUGGGAGAUUACCUUUGCCGUCUGCACAUAUGGCGGUGCACGGCAGACGUUUCCUCUUGCAGAGAGUUUUACGAACCGCUGUGUGCGGUGGACGGCGAGUUUGAGGAGUGGCGCAAAAUUGUGUGCUCGAAACCCAACCCAAAGUGGAAAUUCGUGCAGCCAAAUACUUUUGUGAAGGAUGGUGACGUGCAAGUCAAAGUAUAUGACGAGAGCAACGAGGGCAUUAUCCAGUCGUGGGCUGAGAGGGCCGUUUAG